UUAUCCACCAGCGGCGAGGCCCCGCUGCCUCAUUCCCCGAUCGGUUAGUCGCGCUCUCCGCCCGCCCCGAUGUCCUCCUCCGAUGACCUCGUCCGCCGGAUCGCCGCCUUCUUCCCGCUCCCGCCGCCCCCGCAGAAGCAGCAGCUCUCCGGCGUCGCCGCCGCGGUCCUCAGCGCGGGCGGCCGCCUCGGCCGCGCCGUGGGCGACGUCUUCCGCCGCCUGCGCAUCGACGACGGCCUCGACAUCGCGUACGCGCGGCGGCACCGGAGGGUCGUCCCCGGCAGAGGCGGCACGAUGGCCGACGGUGAUGGCGCGCGGAGCAAGCAGGACCAGAUCGCUGGCUCUGGCGGCGAUAGUCCGGCGGUAGGCGGCUCCGGGCGGUUCGCGCGGUCGCAGGGGAGCAUGGUGCUGUCGGCGGCGUUCGACAGCAGGACGAACGACGUGGAGAGCUCCGUGGCGGCCCGCGGCGACCUGUGGCGCGCCGAGGCAUCGCACUCCAGCAGCAACAGCAGAGGCGGCGGCGAUGGUGCCGCGGCGCCGCUGUUCCUGGUGCAGCUCGGCCCCGUGCUCUUCCUCCGCGACACGACGCUGCUCUUCCCCGUGCACCUCUCCAAGCGCCACCUCAUCUGGUACGGCUUCGAGCGCAAGAACGGAGUGCACUCGGUGUGCCCGGCGUACUGGACAGCUCGCCGGAGAUGCUUCUUCAUGUCGAUGAUCUGCCUCAACCCAUUUGCCUGCUCGUUCAUGGACAUGCAAUUCCCCAACGGGCAGCUGAGAUACGUGGCCGGCGACGGGUUCACUGCCCGCGGAUUCCUCCCCAUCGGCGGCGGCGGCAUCGUCCAGGCCCACGGAAAGUUCCCCGGGGAGAAGAGGCUCAGCUUCUCCUACAAGAACGGCAGCGGGGGCAGCAUCACCCCGACCGUCCAGUGGCCGGACAGGUCCCUCUCGCUGGGGCUAACCCAGGUGCUCUCCUGGAGGAGGAGCGGCCUCAUGCUGCAGCCAGCGCUGCAGCUCAGCGUGUGCCCCACGUUCGGAGGGUGCCGGCCCGGGGUGUCGACGGAGCUGGUCCAUUCGGUUAGCGAGGAGGCCAGCGUCGCCUGCGGCUACUCCCGCACCGCCUCCCCCUCCGCCUACGCUUCCGUGUCGCUCGGGAGAUCGAAGCUGAACGGCAGCGCGUCGAGCUCAGGGCUGGUGUUCAGAGUGGACGCGCCGCUGCACGGUUUUGGGCGGCCAUGGUUCUCCAUCCAGAUGAACAGUGGGCUCGAGUUCUGAAUCUUUGGUUGUUGCAAAGGUAAAUACGAGGCGGUAUUGCGUCUCCACAAAGGCAUGUAUAGUCGAUGCUAGUUUUGUACAUAUGGCUUGACAGAGGACUGGAACAGACCCUUUAUAUACAUGGUACGAAUCCUAUGAUUGGCUGAAA